AUGCGACUUGGCCCCAAAGCACCAGUGAGGGCCAACCACCCCUCAGCAACUGUAGGACGAAUCCUGAUCACGCUGUUUGUCAGUGGCUUCGCCGAUUAUGGUCGCAAGAGGGCGGCCUUGCUGGGGCAGUUCUUGAUCACACUUUCAACAGCACUCUUCGCGAUAGCCAUGUUUUUACCCUCAGGCCUGGCAAUCCCCACAUACAUUGUGGCACAAGGACUUCAAGGCAUGAGUGGCAUCGGCAUUCUGGAUCAAAUUGUUGCCGGUGACGUGGCCCUGAUCUUGAAUGACAGCGUGGCGGUGUACAGCCGCAAAGGCAUUGUGUCGGCUAUGAUCAUGGCCCUUCUGAUUCCCAUCAUUGUGUACGUUCAAUACGCAGAGAUCACAGACUUCACUUGGGUCUGGAGUGGUAUCGUUGGAUUGAAUAGUGUAGCCAUGGCGCUGAUCUACCUUUUCUUUCCAGAGACCUUGAACAAGAAACAGAACGAUGACAAGAAGGAGAAGGAGAAUCUGUCAAUCAUAGGUGUGGCAAAGGAUGAAGUUAAAACCUUUAAGAAGAUCAUCACAACGCAUCCCUACGUCGGAUAUCGCCUGGGAGAAGAGUUUCUGGUGAAGAUGGCAGAUGCCAGCGCGAUCGGGAUGCCCUUCCUCAUGGCACAGUUCCAUUUCUCCCAGUUUGAUGCACUCGUGUACAACUUCGUCCCAGGCCUUGUUGGUGGUGUGCUACUGGGUGGACUGGUCGCCAAAUGGUGUGGCCAAUAUGGCACCCGGCGGGUUUGGAGAAACUCCUUCUUCUAUCACAGGAGCACCAGCAUUGCCAAUGCCUUCUUGAUGCCGGUGGCCAUUUUUGGCAUUCCAUAUCCUCUGGUGGCUGGCCUGGUUCAUCUUCCCCUCGCUGGGUUUCCUGCAUUGAUCCAAGCUGUGGAGAUCCGCCUCGUGGGGCAGGAGACCAAUGCCAAGUUUCAGGCAAUGAGCCAGUUGAUGUCAUUCUUCUCCGGUGCGAUCACCAGCUGGCUCUAUAGCCAGAUCUUCUAUGGCGAAGCCAGAAGCUAUUUCCGGGUGGUCGCUCCGUAUGCGCUCUCUGCCUUUUUCAUGUUGCUGAACAUCGUCCCCUUCCUACUGAAAACUGGUCCUAUGCAGAUGAAUGAAUGUGAUAGGUUGGACCAAGAAGCUAAGAAGAAGUGGGAAGAAGAGCAGGAGAAGGCCGCACAGGAGAAGAAAGCUUCUGGCCCCGAGUUGACGGAGGAGGCAUCUUCACCUCUGAAGACGGAGACCGAGACUACGGAAGCAUCCACAGAGUUGGAAGCGAAGCAGGAGGCCGUAAAAACACAAGAAGAGAAGAAAGAGGAUUGA